AUGGACCAAUCUCUCUCGAAUGCCGCAAGUCUCCUCGACGCCUUCCGGGCCUUGACCGCUGAAGCGCGGAGAGAUGUAUGCCGUGCUUUGGCGACGGAGUUCAAGCAUGAUGAAUGCCACGAGAUGCUGAAUUUGCUUCACAAAAGAUUAUAUUUUGAUGUCCUUGCACAGCUUCCAAUCGAACUGGUUGCACAAAUAGCAAGUUACAUAGAGCCACUGGAAACAGUCCGGUUGAGACGGGUUUCAUGCCGGUGGAAUGAAAUAUUUUCAUCAGCAGCAGUGUGCAGCAGCAGUUUCCGCUCCUUCAGGCAUGGGACCCUCAUCACCACGACUAAAGGAUGGGAAACGGAUUUCCUGAAGCGAACCAAGCGUGCAGCGGCCCAACGAAUAGACAUUGGCUUUGGCGAUGGCCCGGAUCUGAUAUCCUACUUGGACGGAAUGCUCGCAUGGCGCGCUUCCGAUGAUAUCUCAAUGGGUGCGUACUUCGUGGCAUUGCCUCUCCAUUGCCAUCUUGAAUCUGACUUUGUUAGCUGCUGUCGAGUUUGGGAUUAUCAAUCAGGGGAAGCAAAAAUGUUCCGUUUGCCUUCAGCCAACUACAAGAGAUUUGAGGGAUAUAUCCGGAACGGCAUCUCUGUUGAUGGCAAAACUAUUGCUGUAUGCAUGGCGGAAUCGCGCUCGGUGAUCGUUUGGGACUUUCAGUCCAGCGCAUCCCGGGAGAUAAAAUUUGAGCCGGAACCGUUCCAUAUAUUUCUGGACUCACAACAGCGGAUAUUGAACGCAUUGCAUUGGAAGAACGUAUAUGGAAAAGUGGAAAUUCUCGAUGACUUCAAUGAAGGCUCUAAUCUCUCGGAAUUGAUCGUCUCGACUUAUUCCAUCGAUGAGAGUGGCCCCGACCGCCGUCCAUAUGUCCUGUGCUCUUCCCCUAGGCCGUGUACCACUUUCCCCACCUCCCCGCAUGUAUAUCUAGACGGCAUGCAAGGCGUUAUCCUAUACUUGUACUACGGCGAGAAAAUCGCAACCUUCGUCUUUAUAACCUACAGCAAGUCCCUGGGCAAACCAAUUGCUAGACUAUACGACAGACCAGCGUUUGAUCGAUUCCAAAGACUGGGGAGAGGGGCCGUCCUACACGACCACUUGGUAUACUGUAUGAACAAUUGUGAAGAUAGUUGCGCCCCAGAUAUUCUUGACUACGGAAGUGAUGACAUGUUCUGGCCAUCUAAAACAGCAUUUAACCAAACCAUUAUAAAGGAAGGCAAGGUGUAUGAGUGCUUAUCCAUGCGAAAUUGCUUUGGGGACGAUAUAUUCUUUGGUGCCAUGUGUGGAGAGGGCAUCCAGAGUCCUCAAAAGCUUGUUGCUGAUCUAGAAGAGGCUGCAGCCGUGCGCUCUAUUGCCACCAACACCACUGUUCCAGGUCUUAAAGUCUAUCACAAGAGGGAAGCCGACCAGGGCAUGUAUGAGCUCGUUGUGGAACCCGUUCCCGGAGAACCCCUUGACAAAGUAUGGGAAAAAACUGACCCACGAGUAAAAGCUUGCUAUGUCGUCAACUCCUACCUCGUACAACUCCAAAACCUCAAAGGAAGCCGUAUCCAUAACAUGAACGGAGGCCCCAGAUUCUUCCAACCAAAUACCCGCAGAAGUUCGUGA